UGGUGGGAUUGUUGUGUGCUGUCAAAGUAGGAGAGGUUGGUGCUCCGGUGUCAGGUUGGCAAUUGAGAGUUGUGGCUUCUUCACCUGCUCCGUGCCGAGCUGGAAAGAUGGAGAUAGAAAAGAGUUCCGUUUACAGAUGCAUUGAGUGCAGCGAGGAGUCCAAAGAGCUCUAUAAAGAUUACAAACAUGGAGUGUUGAAGAUCACAAUCUGUAAAGCUUGCCAGAAACCAGUAGACAAAUACAUUGAGUAUGACCCAGUCAUCAUAUUGAUUAAUGCAAUGCUCUGCAAAGCCCAGGCAUACCGACAUGUCCUCUUCAACACAAAAAUUAACAUUCAUGGGAAGCUCUGCAUAUUUUGCUUACUCUGCGAGGCUUACAUCAGGUGGCUGCAAUUGCCGGGCUCCAGCAGUAACACUGACCCUGGAGAUCUAAUUCGAUAUGCUAAAGAGUGGGAUUUCUACAGGCUGUUUGGGAUAGCUGCUCUUGAACAAUCUGCAUUCAUUGCUGGCAUCUUCAUUUAUUGUUCUGUUAUGCCUGGUACCCUGAAAUCCCAUUCGGAUUAUAUUUUGCUUCUGAAGGCACUCUUGCUGUCCAGUUAUGGGAAGCUCCUUUUGAUUCCCGCCAUUAUUUGGGAACAUGAUUAUACCCCGCUGUGUUUCCGACUCAUUACUCUUUUCGUACUAACAUCAAACACCCAAGCAAUCCGAGUGACCUUGGGCAUAAGUCGAAUGCAGUCUUUGAUUGCCAUAUUCUUCGGACUAUUCUUCGGACUACUUUUAGAAACUGCGCUGAGUUACAUCCAAGGAACCUAAAAAAUCACGUAUUUGUUUUUGUUAAUCCAUAGCCUGGUAAAAUUUGUAAUUAUAUAAGGUAUUAUUUACUGUAUUUUCCACAAUGUAUAUUGGAACAGAAAUGUAUUAUA